AUGAAGCAACGGUUCUCUUCCAUCGACGUCAAGGUCAUCGCCCAUGAGCUCCAAGAGAGCCUCACCACCUUGCGACUGGCCAAUGUCUACGACCUCUCCUCCAAGAUCCUGCUUCUCAAGUUUGCGAAACCAGACAAUAAGAAGCAGCUCAUCAUCGACUCUGGCUUCCGAUGCCACCUUACAGACUUUACGCGCACGACAGCCGCAGCUCCCUCGGCCUUUGUCGCACGACUGCGCAAGUUUCUGAAGACGAGACGCUUGACGUCAGUUAAGCAGAUUGGAACAGACAGAAUCCUAGAGUUUCAGUUCAGCGACGGGCAGUACCGACUCUUUCUCGAGUUCUUUGCUAGCGGAAACGUCAUUCUGACUGAUGCCGACCUUAAAAUCCUAACACUAUUGCGAAACGUUCCUGAAGGCGAAGGCCAGGAACCCCAAAGAGUCGGCCUGAGCUACUCUCUCGACAACCGACAAAACUACAAUGGCGUUCCGGACUUGACCAAGGAGAGAGUGAAGGCUGCGCUGGAAUCGUCGGUCAAGAAGAGCUCGGCAGCUGCGACGGCAGGCAAGAAAAUCAAGGUGAAGCCAGGAGACGAGCUGCGACGCAGCUUGGCGACGACAAUUACCGAACUGCCUCCGAUUCUGGUGGACCAUUCGUUCCAGAUCACCGGUUUCGACGGCAAGAAGAAGCCCGCUGAGAUCCUUGAAGACGACUCUCUGUUAGAUGCGCUCUUGAAGGCUUUGACCCAGGCACGAAGCAUUGUGGAGGAAGCGACUAGCUCUACGACAGCCAAGGGAUACAUCUUUGCGAAAUACCGGUCGAAGCCCGAUGCUGCGCCUGAGACCGCGCCAUCAGCCGAGACCGAGGAGACAAAAAGAUCGGAUCUUCUCUACGAAGAUUUUCACCCCUUCCUACCCAAAAAAUUCGCCGACGACCCCACCGUCAAGGUUCUCGAGUUUGAUGGUUACAACAAGACCGUGGACGAGUUCUUCUCCUCGCUGGAGGGCCAAAAGCUCGAAUCGAAACUGACGGAACGAGAAGCAGCGGCGCGGAGGAAGCUCGAUGCCGCUCGAUCGGACCAAGAGAAGAGAAUCGAAGGUCUCCGCGGCGCGCAAUCCAUCAACGUGCAAAAGGCCACAGCCAUCGAAGCAAAUGUGGAGCGCGUUCAGGAGGCGAUGGACGCCGUUAACGGCCUCCUUCAGCAGGGCAUGGACUGGGUCGACAUCAGCAAGCUCAUCGAGCGCGAGCAGAAACGUCACAACCCAGUUGCGGAAGUAAUCAAGCUGCCGCUUAACCUCGCAGAAAACACAAUCACUCUGUUGCUGGGCGAGGAGGAAGAGAUUGAAGACGACGAAUCGAACUACGAGACGGACUCGGACGCCUCUGACAGCGAGGACGAGGACACCGGCAACAAGCAGAAAACAGACAAGCGGCUGGAGAUCGACAUCAACAUCACCUUGUCGCCUUGGGCGAACUCGAGAGGAUACCACGAGCAGAAGCGGAGCGCCGCAAAGAAGGAAGAGAAGACCGUCCAGCAGUCCCAGAUGGCAUUGAAGAACGCCGAACAGAAGAUCCAGGCGGAGCUGAAGAAGGGUCUGAAGACGGAGAAGGCUGUUCUGCAGCCUAUCCGGAAGCAAAUCUGGUUCGAGAAGUUCAUCUGGUUCGUCUCAUCCGACGGGUACCUGGUUCUGGGUGGCAAGGAUGCGCAGCAAAACGAGAUGCUGUACAAGCGUUACCUCCGCAAGGGAGAUGUCUAUGUCCAUGCUGACAUGCACGGUGCUGCGACUGUCAUCAUCAAGAACAGCCCAAGCACUCCCGACGCACCGAUUCCCCCUUCAACGCUGGCACAGGCUGGCACGCUGGCUGUGUGCAGCUCGAGCGCCUGGGACUCUAAGGCAGGCAUGGGCGCCUGGUGGGUAAACGCCGACCAGGUCUCCAAGUCUGCACCUACUGGAGAGUAUCUCCCUACGGGAAGUUUCAUGGUCCGCGGCCAGAAGAACUUCCUUCCCCCAGCGCAGCUCCUUCUCGGUAUCGGCAUCAUGUUCAAAAUUAGCGAAGAGAGCAAGGCCAGACAUGUGAAGCACAGGCUGUAUGACGGUGCUGACCUUCAAGCUUCGGCGACCGACAAGGGUCCCGAGGAGUCUUCGGCAGAUGCCGCCCAGGCGAGAGAUGAAGACCCAGAUGAUGCGUCGGACAUCGGCUCCGAAAACGACGAGGAUGAAAAGCCUCGAGACAACCCUCUACAGAAUCUCGGACAGGACGGACAAGAUGAUUCGGAGGAGCGUCUCACUUCUGGAGAGUCUCCUGCCGAGGAGAUGGACAAGCUCAAGCUUGAAGAUGACAAGCCCGUCGAGAACUCUGCCGACGAGGAAGCCAAGCGAGCCGAGGACGACGACGAAGAGGAGGAAGACGAGGACAGCGACCAGGCAGCCACAGGGCAAACAUCCACGCCAGCAGAGCCCGCCGGUGCGCCGAGCUCCCAGGCCAGCAAUGCAGCAAACGAGAAGCAGCGACCGGCCAAGCGAGGUCAGAAGAGCAAAGCCAAGAAGAUCGCCGCCAAGUACAAGGACCAAGACGAAGAAGACAGGGCGGCGGCAGAGGCGCUGUACGGCUCCGCGCGCGGCAAGCACAGGGCCGAAGCGGAGGCACAAAGCAAGGCCGAACGAGAAGCACAGCUGGCCUUCCAAAAGGAACGUCGUCGGGCGCAGCACGAGCGGCAACAAAAGGAGACGGCCGAGCACGAGGAGAUUCGCCGCCUGAUGAACGAAGAGGGCGUCGAGGUGCUCGACUCGGAAGAGCUGGGUAAGAUGACGCUUCUCGACUCGCUCGUCGGCACGCCGCUCCCUGGCGACGAGAUCCUCGAGGCGAUCCCCGUGUGCGCGCCGUGGAACGCUAUGGGUAAAUUCAAGUACAAGGCCAAGCUGCAGCCUGGCGCGGUGAAAAAGGGCAAGGCGGUCAAGGAGGUGUUUGAGAGGUGGAAGUCGGACUCGUCUAGGAAGGGCGCGCUCGACGAGCGCUCACAGGACAAGGAGAAGAUGUGGCCCAGGGAGGUUGAGCUGAUCAAGGGUUUGAAGGCUGAAGAGUCCAUCAACGUCGUGCCGGUCGGAAAGGUGCGGGUCAUGAUGGCAGGUGGAAGUGCUGGUGCUGGUGGCGCGAAGGGGCAGCAGGGCAAAGGCGGACGUGGCGGCCGCGGGUCCAAGAAGAAAUAA